AUGGAGGAGUGCUCCAACUGCAGCGUGCUGGCCGAGUUCAACGACUCGUUCGUCAACUCAACCGCUAAUGUCACGCACAUCAACAAAUUUUACUUCUAUCAGACGGCCCAAGUGGCGGUGUUAUGGGUUCUGCUCGUGGCGAUCGUGGCGGGGAACGCAACGGUGGUGCUAGCGCUACUCCUCACCAAAUCCAGGAAGAGCAGGAUGAACUUCUUCAUCAUGCAGCUCGCUAUAUCAGAUCUUCUCGUGGGACUCAUCAGCGUGUUGCCAGACUUAAUACAACGAAUUACUAUCACUUGGCUCGCCGGGUCGCUGGCUUGCAAAAUGAUGAAAUAUUUACAGGGUGUAGUAACAUAUUCGUCUACGUAUGUGUUAGUGGCGCUUAGUGUGGACCGGUGUGAUGCCAUCACUCAUCCCAUGAAUUUUACAGGGAGCUGGCGAAGAGCUCGCGUACUAGUCUUGGGCGCUUGGUUCAUCAGUUUUCUAUUCUGUGUUCCUAUGUUGUUUUUAUUUGACGAGGCUGAUGUAGGUAUAAUCCAAUGCUGGUCGGGCAUCAGCAAACUGCAAUGGCGGAUAUGGAUGACCAGCGUGUUCGUGUCACUAUUCGUUGCGCCUGCGCUUACUAUUGCCGCGUGCUACGGCGUCAUAGUGGUCACGAUACGACAGAAGAGUCAAAGGGUGUUAGGGAGAAGAACAACAGCUACUAGGCAAUAUAGUGACGAUUUGGACAGUCGAAGGGCGAGCAGCAGAGGCAUCAUACCAAAGGCGAAGAUCAAGACUGUGAAGAUGACUUUCGUUAUUGUUUUCGUAUUCGUCCUAUGCUGGUCUCCCUACAUGAUCUUCGACCUCCUCCAAGUGUACGACUACGUGCCCGAGACCCAAGUGAACAUGGCGAUCGCCUCCCUCAUACAAAGCCUGGCGCCGCUCAACUCAGCUGCCAACCCUGUCAUCUACUUUAUAUUCUCCAACAGGAUUUUCGUCAGUCUCAGGAACAUACCUCCGUACAAGUGGCUCUGGUGCUGGAUGAGGGCCAGCGACAGCCCAGCCGGCAAUGAGUCCAGGGCACACACGGAACUACUGACGUCAUCGCACAGGAGGACCAGGAACGAUCUGACAGUUAGAGUGAAAGAUGACAGCCUGAAGUACCCCAAACAGAGGGUACACCAGUGUAACAGCAACAACUCCAGGAAGGUACGCCUCCACCUUCCGGAAGGUCAGCUCAACAACAACUGCCACACAGUCCAAAGAAGAAGGGACGAUACGUUCUUGUAGUAUAAUGAGUAAACCAUAAUGUUCAGAUACAUGUGUUGUAAACAUUUUUGUUAAACAGGUUGGCUUUUCAUGAAA